UGUUUGCCAAGUGUUGCUUUUCUGAAGAAGACUAGAGAAGAAGUAUAAAACCGUCUGCGAACACGACAACUGUAGAUACGGGAGUAAUGAGUAUGGCUCGAGUUUUGAAUGGCAUCGUUGCAAUGUGUCCUGAUUUGGGAAUAGGCAGAGACGGAAAUCUCCCAUGGCAUCCCACAAGACUAAAUAAUGAAUUCAAAUAUUUCCGGAAGAUGACUACCACGGCAUUUGUGGAAGGUAAGCAGAAUGUUGUGAUCAUGGGCAGGAAGACAUGGUUUUCCAUCCCAGAAAAAAACAGACCUUUAAACAAUAGGAUCAACAUCGUCCUAAGUCGACAACUGAAAGUUCCCCCUCCUGGCGCCCACCACUUGGCUCCUGAUUUUUGCUCAGCUCUCAGGCUGAUUGACACAGAGCUGUCAGACCAGGCUGAUCAGGUCUGGGUGAUAGGAGGUAGCUCACUCUAUAAGGAGUUGAUGCAAAGCCAAGGCACCAAAAGGUUAUUUGUCACGCAAGUUCUGAAACAGUUUCCAUGUGACACAUUCUUCCCUGAAUUCUGCCCAGACAAGUACAAUCUGCUACCUGGGUUUCCAGGAGUUCCACAGGGCCUGCAAGAGGAAAAUGGUAUUCAGUACCGAUUCGAAGUUUAUGAGAGCAUUGCGCAUUGAUGUCAAUUCGACAGUAAAUGGACCCCUGAAAAUUUGUCAUGUGUUCAUGUAUUUUUUAAAAUUAAAAUCCGUAAUCUGACCAGACAAAA